AAAGUGCAGUGCGCAGGCGUAAGGCCACAGAGCGGUGGAAGACUCUGGACCGCAGGACACUGAACAGUUCAAACGCAGCGGAGCCAGCGACAGGAACACAAGACUACAACUCCAAACUAUCUAAGAAAGAAAGCGGGGGGGAAAAACCCGUUAACGAGAUGCCGGUUACAGAGAAAGACUUGGCAGACGACGCGCCAUGGAAGAAAAUCCAACAAAACACUUUUACGCGCUGGUGCAACGAGCACUUAAAGUGUGUAAACAAGAGGAUAGGCGACUUACAGUUGGACCUGAGCGACGGGCUGCGACUUAUCGCCCUGCUGGAGGUACUGAGCCAGAAGAAGAUGUACCGAAAGUAUCAUGCUAGACCUACUUUCCGCCAGAUGAAACUCGAGAACGUGUCCGUGGCGCUGGAGUUCUUGGACCGGGAGAAUAUCCGACUCGUUUCCAUAGACUCGAAGGCCAUAGUGGAUGGUAACAUGAAACUGAUCCUGGGCAUGGUGUGGACCCUGAUCCUCCACUACUCCAUCUCCAUGCCGGUGUGGGAAGACGAGGUGGAUGACGAGGCGGAGAAGAAGACUCCAAAGCAGAGGCUUCUGGGAUGGAUCCAGAAUAAAGUGCCAGACUUGCCCAUCAACAACUUCAGCAGAGACUGGCAGAGUGGCAAGGCCCUGGGAGCCCUGGUCGACAGCUGUGCUCCAGGUCUGUGUCCUGACUGGGAGACGUGGGACAACAAGCCCUCGGACAACGCCCAAGAGGCCAUGCAGCUAGCUGACGACUGGCUGGGCAUCCCUCAGGUGAUUGCACCAGAGGAGAUCAUCGACCCCAGUGUGGAUGAACAGUCCGUGAUGACCUACCUGUCCCAAUUCCCAAAAGCCAAACUGAAGCCUGGUGCUCCCCUCAAACCCAAACUCAACCCCAAGAAGGCCCGUGCAUAUGGACCAGGUCUGGAGCCAGUAGGUAACAGGGUGUUGCGUCCUGCUGUCUUCACGGUGGAUGCGUUCAGUGCAGGUCAGGGACAGGUCACUGUUUACGUGGAGGAUCCAGAAGGAACCAGAGAAGAGGUGAAGGCGGUUCCUAACGAAGGGAAGAAAACCUUCAGUGUCACCUACAUACCCCAGGUUAUGGGUCAUCACAAGGUGACGGUGCUGUUUGCAGGCCAGCAGAUCCCUAAGUCUCCGUUUGAGGUGAGCGUGGACAAGGCUCAGGGAGACCCCACCAAGGUUACAGCCAAAGGGCCUGGACUGGAAGCUAUAGGAAACAUAGCCAACAAACCUACGUACUUCGACAUAUACACUGCAGGGGCAGGAGUGGGAGAUGUGUCGGCUUUCAUCAAGGAUCCCCAGGGCAGACCGUUGGAGGCCAUGGUGGAGGAUAAGGGAGACAGUGUGUUCAGGUGUACCUACAAGCCCACCCAGCAAGGUCCUCACACAAUCACCGUCACCUUCGGAGGCAUCGCCAUACCCAAGAGUCCUUCUACUGUCAACAUUGGACCAGCGUCAAUGCCAGGGUCGUGUCGUGCCACAGGGCGUGGCCUCCAGCCCAGAGGUGUCAGAGUGAAACAGGUGGCUGACUUCAGAGUGGACACCAGGAACGCAGGGAGUGGGGAUCUCAAGGUCUCAGUCAAAGGCCCCAAAGGUAUGGAGGAGCCAGUGAAACAGAAGGAGUCUGGUGAUGGGGUGUUUAACUAUGACUAUUACCCUCACGCCCCUGGGAAGUACACUGUCACCAUCACCUGGGGAGGACAGCACAUCCCUAAGAGUCCGUUUGAGGUGGGGGUUGGUCCGGAGGCGGGCCCUCAGAAGAUCAGGGCCUGGGGGCCAGGUCUGGAGGGAGGCAUGGUGGGUAAAUCGGCUGACUUUGUGGCGGAAUCCAUCGGCACUGAUGUGGGAGUUCUGGGCUUUGCCAUCGAGGGCCCGUCCCAGGCUAAAAUAGAGUGUGAGGACCAGAACGAUGGUUCAUGUGAUGUGAAGUACUGGCCAUCGGAGGCAGGGGAGUACGCUGUCCACGUGAUGUGUGACGACGACGAUAUAGAGGAUAGUCCCUUCAUGGCCUACAUCGUCCCUGACAACCAGGACAUUAACCCCAGCUUGGUGAAGGCCUACGGUCCAGGCCUGGAGAAGAGUGGCUGUGUCAUCAACAAACCGGCAGAAUUCACCGUCAACACUAAGGAUGCUGGGACAGGCCCCCUGAAGAUCUCUGCCCAGAGUGCCGAGGGCGGUCCCCUCGACGUUAAGGUGAAGAAGACUGGAGACGGUGUCUACGCCUGUUCCUACACGCCCGUUGCCGCGGUCAAACACACAGUCGCCAUCACCUGGGCAGGAGUCAGUGUACCCAACAGUCCCUUCAGGGUGACUGUUGGGAAGGGCAGCCAUCCUCACAAGGUGAAGGUUUUCGGUCCAGGAAUAGAGAGGACUGGACUGAAGGCCAAUGAACCCACACACUUCACUGUGGACUGCACAGAGGCUGGGGAAGGGGACGUGAGUGUGGGUAUCAAGUGUGAUGCCAAUAUAAUCAGUGAUAAAGAGGAGGACGUGGACUUCGAUAUCAUCCCAAAUGCCAACGACACCAUCACUGUGAAGUACAUCCCUCCUGGAGCUGGACGGCUCACCAUCAAGGUCCUCUUCACUGACCAGGAGAUUCCCAUCAGCCCGUUCAGGGUCAAAGUGGAACCUUCCCAUGAUGCCACCAAGGUCAAGGCCGAGGGUCCUGGAGUGGCUCGUUCAGGAGUCGAGUGUGGCAAACCGACCCAUUUCACGGUGCACACUAAAGGAGCAGGCAAGGCUCCCGUGGACGUCCAGUUCACUGGUACUGGAAAGGGAGACGCCGUCCUAGACUUUGACAUCAUCGACAACUACGACUACUCCCAUACUGUCAAGUAUACUCCAAUACAACAGGGAGAGAUGGUAAUCAUCAUAACAUUUGGAGGAGAUGUCAUCCCCAAGAGUCCCUUUGCUGUGGGAGUGGCUGCUCCUCUGGAUGUCACCAAGGUCCAGGUCAACAACCUGGAUGGCAGAGUGGAGGUGGGGCAGGACCAGGAGUUUGUGGUGGACACCAAGGGAGCGGGAGGCCAGGGUAAACUGGAGGUGAAGAUCAGCAGCCCUAGCGGUAAGCUUGUCCCCUGUGUGUUGGAGGCUCAGCCUGGGAAGAGACCCGAGAACAGCACAGUGAAGUACAUCCCCAAGGAGGAGGGUCUCUAUGCUGUGGAAGUGAACUACGAUGGACACCCAAUCCCAGGCAGCCCCUUCCCUGUGGAGGCCACACUGCCUCCUGACCCCAGCAAGGUGAAGGCGUUUGGUCCAGGUCUGAAGGGCGGUUUGGUGGGUAAUCCCGCUGAGUUCACCAUCGACACUAAGGGUGCGGGGACCGGUGGCCUGGGCCUGACUGUGGAGGGGCCCACCGAAGCCAAGAUCGAGUGCUCUGAUAACGGGGACGGGACCUGUAGCGUGUCUUACCUUCCCACGGAGCCAGGAGAGUACCUGGUUAACAUCCUGUUUGAGGAGACCCAUAUCCCAGGAUCCCCCUUCCACUCUGAUGUCAACUGCCCCUUUGACCCCACCAAGGUGGUGGCAUCGGGCUCGGGGCUGAAGAGGGCCAAGGUGGGAGAGGUCAGUGUGGUGAAUGUGGAUUGUUCCAGGGCUGGACCGGGUCAACUCACCCUGGACGCUGCCUCUGACUCUGGCAACAAUAAGGCGAAGACCGAGGUGAUCGACAACAAAGAUGGCACCUACACAGUGACCUACGUGCCCCUGACCGCUGGGAUGUACACCCUGCUACUGAAGUACGGAGGCAAGGCUACGCCCGGAUUCCCUGCCAAGGUGAUGGUCGACCCUGCAGUGGACACAUCCAGAAUCCAGGUGUUUGGCCCCGGAGUGGAGGGACAAGCGUUGUUCCGGGAAGCUACUACGGAGUUCACAGUAGAUGCCAGGUCUCUGACUAAGAAGGGAGGUGACCACAUCAAAGCCCAGGUCAGAAAUCCCUCUGGUGCCAUGACUGACUGUAUCGUCACUGACAAGGCGGACGGGACCUAUGGCAUUGAGUACACACCCUUUGAAAAUGGAGUCCAUGCUGUGGAGGUGCUGUACGAUGAGUCUCCGGUCCCAAAGAGUCCCUUCCAGGUGGGGGUAGAGGAGGGCUGUGAUCCUACCAGGGUUCUGGCUAAGGGCCCCGGGCUCCAGGAGGCCAUCACAGAGGCCCCCAACAACUUCUCCAUCAUCACCAGAGGGGCAGGUAUCGGAGGCCUGGGCAUCACAGUCGAGGGCCCAUCGGAGUCUAAGAUGUCCUGUAAAGACAAUAAGGACGGCAGCUGUAACGUAGAGUACAUCCCAUUCGUCCCAGGCCUGUACGACGUUAACAUCACGUAUGGAGGACAACACAUCCCAGGCAGUCCAUUCAAGGUACCAGUGAAGGACAUGGUUGACCCCAGCAAGGUGAAGAUCUCAGGACCCGGCGUGAGCUCAGGUGUCCGCGCCAAUAUUCCACAAUCCUUUACUGUGGACUGCAGCAAGGCCGGGGUGGCUCCGCUGUCUGUAGCAGUCACCGCACCGAAAGGUGUGGCUGAGCCGGUGGAGGUGACAAACAACGGAGAUGGAACACACACUGUAGCCUACACCCCUUCAGUGGAGGGACCCUACUCUGUAGUGGUCAAGUACGCUGACGAGGAGAUCACACGCAGUCCCUUCAAGCUGCGAGUGCUGCCUACCCAUGAUGCCAGUAAGGUGGUGGCUAGUGGUCCAGGUCUAACCACCGGAGUGCCAGCCAGCUUUCCAGUGGAGUUCACCAUCGAUGCCAAGGACGCAGGAGAGGGACAACUAUCCGUCCAGAUCACAGACCAAGAUGGAAAGCCGAAGAGGGUUGGUAUCCAGGACAACUGUGACGGGACCUAUCUGGUGUCGUACGUACCUGACAAGGUGGGGCGGUACACCAUCGUGAUCAAGUACGGAGGAGAUGAGAUCCCUGCCUCGCCCUACCGGGUCAGAGCCACGUCCUCAGGAGACGCCAGCAAAUGCACUGUCACAGGUCCUGGUAUCGCCCCCAUCAUCGCAGUCGGGGAAGAGGUGGGCUUUGUGGUGAACGCUAAGGCAGCUGGGAAGGGGAAGGUGACAUGUAUCGUGGUGACGCCGGAUGGGACCGAGGUGGAGGCUGAUGUCAUCCAGAACGAGGAUGGAACAUUCGAUAUCUUCUACACCGCCCCGACCCCCGGGAACUAUGUCAUAUACGUACGAUUUGGAGGGGAGAACGUCCCCAAGAGCCCCUUCAAAGUCAUGGCGACUGAUGAGGAUCCAAUGAUGCAGCAACAGUCAGCCAAUCAGCAGUCAGCUGCUCCUGGAGCCGCCGGAUUCCAGCCCUGGGUACAGAGUAGAGAAACACCUCUAUCCUUCCUUCCUUCCCUCCAGCCCUGGGUCACAGACGGGUCCUAUAACCCAGCCAACCGUAUGAACGGAACAGGUUUCAGGCCCUUCGACAUGGUCAUUCCUUUCGCCUUCCGCAAGGGAGAGAUCACAGGUGAGGUCCACAUGCCGUCGGGGAAGACUGCUCAGCCUGAGAUCAUGGACAACAAGGACGGGACAGUCACAGUGAAGUUUGCCCCCACUGAGGCCGGUCUACACGAGAUGCACAUCAAGUACAACGGAACGCACAUUCCAGAGUCUCCUCUACAGUUCUAUGUGAACAACGCCAACAGUGCCAAUGUGACUGCCUCCGGUCCCGGUCUGGUCUACGGCGUCGCCAACAAGACUGCCAUGUUCACCAUCUACACAGAGGAUGCUGCCGAGGGAGGUUUGGACUUGGCCAUCGAGGGUCCUUCCAAGGCAGAUAUCACCUGUGUGGAUAAUAAAGAUGGUACCUGCACAGUGACCUACCUACCUGUUCUCCCUGGAGACUACCAUAUCCUGGUCAGAUACAACGACAAGCACAUCGCUGGCAGCCCCUUCAACGCUAGGAUCACCGAGGAGAAACGUUGUUCCCAGUUGAAGUUGGGUUCUGCAGCUGACUUCUCCCUGGACAUUGCAGAAACUGACCUGUCUCUACUUACCGCCAGCAUCAAAGCCCCCUCUGGCCGCGACGAACCCUGUCUGCUCAAGAGACAGCCCAAUAACCACAUCGGUAUUUCCUUCAUCCCGAGGGAGGUUGGGGAGCACGUGGUGAGCAUCAAGAAGAAUGGCUGCCAUGUUCCCAACAGCCCCAUCACAAUCAUGGUUGUGCAAUCUGAGAUCGGCGACGCCUCCAAGGUCAAGGUGUACGGACAGGGGCUGGUCGAGGGACACACCUUCGACAUGUCUGACUUUGUGGUGGACACACGAGAAGCAGGUUACGGGGGUCUGGCCCUAUCUGUAGAGGGGCCCAGUAAGGUGGACAUCCAGACCCAGGAUGUGGAGGAUGGGACAUGUGUCGUCUCCUACUGCCCGUCAGAACCAGGCUCCUACAUCGUCUCCGUACGCUUCGCUGACCAACACGUGCCAGGCAGUCCGUUCGCGGUGAAGGUGACAGGUGAGGGCCGUAUCCGAGAGAGCAUCACCAGGAGACAGAAGGCUGCUUCCAUCGCCACUGUCGGUAGUGUCUGUGACCUCAACCUCAAGAUACCAGAGAUCGACAUCCAUGACGUGUCAGCCCAGGUAACCAGUCCCUCUGGCGCCACAGAGAAGGCAGACAUGGAGGCGGUGGGGCCCAGCACCUACUGCGUACGCUUCGUUCCCCAUGAGAUGGGAAUUCACACGGUGGAUGUGAAAUACAGGGACCAGCACAUUCCAGGGAGCCCCUUCCAGUUCACUGUGGGGCCCCUGGGAGAGGGAGGGGCUGGGAAGGUCAGGGCCGGUGGACCAGGCCUGGAGAAGGCCGAGUGUGGAGUACCAGCUGAGUUCAGUAUCUGGACACGGGAGGCUGGUGCCGGUGGUCUGUCCGUCGCUGUAGAGGGGCCCAGCAGAGCUGAGAUCUCCUUUGAAGACAGGAAGGAUGGAUCCUGUGAGGUGUCCUACGUAGCUCAGGAGCCUGGUGACUACGAGGUGUCAGUGAAGUUCAACGAGGAGCACAUCCCAGACAGUCCGUACCUUGUGCCUGUCAUGGCGCCUACGGACGAUGCCCGCCGUCUCACUGUUGCUAGUCUUCAGGAGUCUGGACUCAAGGUAAACCACCCAGCAUCCUUUGCGGUACAUCUGAACGGUGCCAAGGGAACCAUCGACGCCAAGGCCCACUCACCCUCUGGCGCUCUGGAGGAAUGUGCUGUGUCUCAGCUAGAGCAAGAUAAGUAUGCUAUCAGGUUCAUUCCACGUGAGAACGGGCUCCACUCCGUCGACGUCAAGUUCAAUGGCAGCCACAUCCCCGGGAGCCCCUUCCAGGUGCGGGUGGGAGAGCCUGGUCAGAGUGGAGACGCAGGGCUGGUCACUGCACACGGAGCUGGACUGGAGAGAGGGACCACAGGCCAGCAGUCAGAGUUCAUCAUCAACAACACCAAGGCGGGCCCCGGGGCCCUGGCGGUGACGAUUGAGGGCCCCUCCAAGGUCAAGAUGGACUGCCAGGAGUGUUCAGAGGGAUACAAGGUCCAGUACACUCCCAUGGCCCCUGGGAACUACCUGGUUUCCAUCAAAUACGGAGGACCCAACCACAUCACUGGCAGCCCCUUCAAGGCCAAAGUCACAGGUCAGCGCCUGGUGAAUGUGAGUAAUGCCAGUGAGACGUCCUCCCUGAUGGUGGAGUCAGUAACCAAAUCAUCCAGUACCAACUCCCACAGCGCCCUGCCUCGUUCUGCCUCCGACGCCAGUAAGGUGGCCACCCGUGGCCCAGGCCUCAGCAAGGCCUACAUGGGUCAGAGAGCCAGCUUCUCUGUCGACUGCAGCAAGGCUGGUAAGAACAUGUUGCUGGUUGGCGUCCACGGCCCCCACAUCCCCUGUGAGGAGGUAUCAGUGAAACACAUGGGGAACAUGCAGUACAACGUCUCCUAUAUCCUCAAGGAGAAGGGCGACUACAUCCUGGUUGUGAAGUGGGGCGAGGAUCACGUCCCCGGCUCCCCCUUCCAUGUCACUGUCCCCUAGAAGCUCCGAAUGGCACCCUAUUCCCUCUGUAGUGCACUACGUUGACCAGUACUGCAUGAGGAAUAGUGUACACUUUACUGUCCUCUAUUCACCUCUAUCCCAUUUGUCUACCAGACGGUCCUCUAUCCCAUUUGUCUACCAGAUGGUCCUCUAUCCCAUUUGUCUACCAGACGGUCCUCUAUCCCAUCUGUCUACCAGACUGCCAUGGAGGGGAGGAGGCAGAUAUUUGUUAAACCACAAAACCCCUUAAUACACCCUAUAGUUAUUAUUAUGAAUGGAACAAUUUGCACUCAACAAUAUUUCAUAAUAUAGUUUAAAGUAAAUGAAUGUCAUUGUUAUCAACUAAAUAUGUCAAAACAAGUUAACCGAGCCCAAGUGAUUAAGUCAAGACUUAAGUUUUUGUUUACUACUGACGGUUGUGGUGAUUGUACAGCAACACUAUAGAUGUUAUCCUAUGUUUUCAGCCUAAACACCUGUGAUUCAGCCAUGCUGAAUGCUGCACAAGAUCACCACUCAACCAAUCCCUAAUUGUUCUGUUUCUACAAACUACUGUUUUUGUGUGUGUGUGUGUAGACUGGACUGCGACAACUGUCUUCAUGUAUGGUGGGUUAAAAAUGCGCUCUGCAAAAGCUGGAAUGUUCUGGGGUUUUGUACUAUCAUAUUCAGACCUGUUCUUUAUUUAGCUGUUGUUCCUAAGUCUUACGUAUUAAUAACUAUGUAAUGUAGGUCGAUAGGAAAAGAGAUGCAACUGAACUAAAUGGUAGUCUACUCUCUUAACAUUGGACUUUGUUGUAAUCUGAUUUGAUUUCUGUUCAGCUGUUGAAUUAGCAUUUUGACCUUAAUCUGUACGUCAACUCUUCUCUUACCAAAAAAAAAGAAUCCGUCUCGAGGACUUUGCCAAUCCCUGUCCUUAUCACCUGUAUCUUCAGCAAUAACUUCUGAGAAUAAAUAUGUAUUUGUACUUUC